AUGAUUAUUGUUCGAUGUUGGUUAGAGCAGCUGUUUAAUUGUGCUUUUAAAUCUGUUGAUACUGAAUAUAUUAUAUUUAAUCCGCAAAUGAUUAAUUUAUUAUUUGAUAAUGACAGCACAAUUGCUAAACAAUUUCACGUUAAAUUGCUCUUUCUAUUCGCUCAAAAAGGAAAUCCUAGUAGACAUUCACUUGAAAAUUUUAUCAACUUUGGGAAUGCUAGUGAUAAUUUGUUUGAAAAUUUUCUGGACUUUGGUUUAAAUUAUUCCGCAAUUUAUAAGAAGUUUGUCAUCAUUGAGAGCAACAUUUCAGAGCCCCAUGCAAAUAUUUUAUUCAAUAUUAUAGUAAAUGAAGGCAAAAAAUUACCUGCAGUUUGUCUCGGUUAUUGUGAUUUUUCAAGUCUUUAUGAGCUUAUUGUUGAAUAUGUAACAACAUCUAAAGAUUUCUCAAAAAUGAUAUCCAAUGUUUACUUACUCUAUGAUUUUAGCGAAAACGUUAAAUUGUCCGAGAAAGCAAAGAAUGUUGAAACUAAGCAAGUAGAUGACUCAAAAUCUACAGAAUACCAAAUUGUUAAUAUCUAUAAUCCAAAAGUUAAACUCUUAUUUGCCAAUGUUGAAAAAGGAAAAUUUUUCCAUACUACGAUUAGAAAAAUUGAAGAGUAG